AAAGCUUCUUACAAGUGAAACCUCUUUCGCGCCCUCCACGGGUCCCUCCCGCAGGCCAGAGGACUCGCUGUAAAUCCCUGGACAUUGUCUCACCCGAGAAGGGGACACAGCCAGCAGCCCUCCAGCCCUCCGGUGCUUUCCGUGGGAGCGCACCCCGUGCUCAGCCAUGGUGGACAUGGGGGCCCUGGACAACCUGAUCGCCAACACGGCCUACCUGCAGGCCCGGAAGCCGUCGGACUGCGACAGUAAGGAGCUGCAGCGGCGGCGGCGCAGCCUGGCCCUGCCCGGGCUGCAGGGCUGUGCGGAGCUCCGCCAGACGCUGUCCCCGAACUUCCACAGCCUGUGCGAGCAGCAGCCCAUCGGCCGCCGCUUCUUCCGUGACUUCCUAGCCACGGUGCCCACAUUCCACGAGGUGGCGACCUUCCUGGAGGACGUGCAGAACUGGGAGCUGGCCGAGGAGGGGCCCACCAAGGACAGCGCGCUGCAGGGGCUGGUGGCCGCUUGUGCGAGUGCCCCUGCCCCGGGGAACCCACACCCCUUCCUCAGCCAGGCCGUGGCCACCAAGUGCCAAGCAGCCACCACCGAGGAAGAGCGAGUGGCUGCAGUGACGCUGGCCAAGGCAGAGGCCAUGGCCUUCUUGCAAGAGCAGCCCUUUAAGGAUUUCCUGGCCAGCCCCUUCUAUGACAAGUUUCUGCAGUGGAAACUCUUUGAGAUGCAACCGGUGUCAGACAAGUACUUCACUGAGUUCAGAGUGCUGGGGAAAGGUGGUUUUGGGGAGGUAUGUGCCGUCCAGGUGAAAAACACUGGGAAGAUGUAUGCCUGCAAGAAACUGGACAAGAAGCGGCUGAAGAAGAAAGGUGGCGAGAAGAUGGCUCUCUUGGAAAAGCAAAUCUUGGAGAAGGUCAGCAGCCCUUUCAUUGUCUCUCUGGCCUAUGCCUUUGAGAGCAAGACGCAUCUCUGCCUUGUCAUGAGCCUGAUGAACGGGGGAGACCUCAAGUUCCACAUCUACAACGUGGGCACGCGCGGCCUGGACAUGAGCCGGGUGAUCUUCUACUCGGCCCAGAUAGCCUGUGGGAUGCUGCACCUCCAUGAACUGGGCAUCGUCUACCGGGACAUGAAGCCUGAGAACGUGCUUCUGGACGACCUCGGCAACUGCAGGUUAUCCGACCUGGGGCUGGCCGUGGAGAUGAAGGGAGACAAGCCCAUCACCCAGAGGGCUGGAACCAAUGGUUACAUGGCUCCUGAGAUCCUAAUGGAAAAGGUAAGUUAUUCCUAUCCUGUGGACUGGUUUGCCAUGGGAUGCAGCAUUUAUGAAAUGGUUGCUGGACGAACACCAUUCAAAGAUUACAAGGAAAAGGUCAGUAAAGAGGAGGUAAAGCAAAGAACUCUGCAAGACGAGGUCAAAUUCCAACACGAUAACUUCACAGAGGAGGCAAAAGAUAUUUGCAGACUCUUCUUGGCUAAGAAACCAGAGCAACGUUUAGGAUGCAGAGAAAAGUCUGAUGAUCCCAGGAAACAUAAUUUCUUUAAAACGAUCAACUUUCCUCGCCUGGAAGCCGGCCUAGUCAAACCUCCAUUUGUGCCAGACCCUUCGGUGGUUUAUGCCAAAGACAUCGGUGAAAUUGAUGAUUUCUCUGAGGUUCGGGGGGUGGAAUUUGAUGACAAAGAUAAGCAGUUUUUCAAAAGCUUUGCAACAGGUGCUGUUCCUAUAGCGUGGCAGGAAGAAAUUAUAGAAACGGGACUGUUUGAGGAACUGAAUGACCCCAACAGACCUACGGGUUGUGGGGAGGGCAAUUCAUCCAAAUCUGGCGUGUGUUUGUUAUUGUAAAUUGCUCUUUUUACCAGACAGGCAGCAAGAGUCUCGGCUGAUAUAAUCCUCGAAUGUUCCCAACACAUGGUAAUCUGUGGAAUGAAGGCUAAUCAGUUAGGAGGAACAUUGCAACCACAGAACAAUCCAAAGGACAGGCAAGCUCACUACUAGACACAUUUCUUUUUCUUUCUUUCUUUUUUUCAUAAAGAUGAGUAAAGUCUCAGUUUUGACUGAGGGCUGGGAAAAGAAACACUCAGGUUUAUUUUGAUAAACUAAAAGCAUCAGCCUUUUACCAACGCGUCCCUGUGUAUUACGCAAAGUCCUGGGAACAGAGAAUGGAACUUUGUGGU